AUGCCUGAAAUCCAAGGCAGAGAUAUCUCUACCCCACCGAGCUUACUCUGGAAGUUGAUUAGCACCAAAACUCUGCUCGUUCUCAACAAGGCAUCUACUUCACUGAUCAUUUACUUCACCUGGGCACUGAGCGUUGAUGCGCCGAGCAUCGAAGGCGGGGAAAUGAGCUUUGGGUUCGGGGUGGGAGAUUUCCUUGCAGUGAUUCAAAUCGCACAGAAGAUUCGCAGGGAAUUCGCAGAAGCGCCGGCUCAAUUCAAAGCAAUCUCCGAGGAGGUACGGAGUCUAUCAUUCGUGGUCCAAGAUGUGGAGGUUGAAUUGUUGGGCAAAACUCUCACCGAUGGGCAAUAUGCAGAGCUGCAUACGGUAGUCACAAGCUGCCAAGCCGUGCUAUCUGACUUGGAGAGGACUAUCGAGAGCUUCAAAGAGCUAGCUACAACUGAUCUGACUACUGCUGGGGGCAAGAAGUCAGAGAAGAGAUUGAUUCUUUCCCCGAGAGAAAGAAAGGCGAAUGAGGAAAAAGCAAACAGAGAAGAGAACGCGAGCUACUUGGGGAACAGCCAGGGUCCCCUGACCGGGGUGCUCACAACAACAACAGAUACCGCGAAGAGAAGCAUCGCAAAGCGGGUUUGGAAGCGUCUAAAAUGGGAACCAACUGAGAUACAAGAACUGCGGAGUCGCAUCAACAGUAACGUCAUCUUACUGAACUCAUUCAAUGGAAGACUGGUGAGAGACAAUGUGGCAAAGCUGGUACAGCAUCAAGACGAUCAAGAGCGCCAAGAUCUUCUCAACUGGCUGUCGUCUACGAACUACGCGACCCAGCAAGGUGACUAUAUUGGCCGACGAGAGGAAGGAACUGGUCAAUGGAUGUUGGAGUCAAGUGAAUUUCAAUCCUGGGCCUCGGGAUCGAAAAGCACAUUGUUCUGCCCAGGUAUUCCUGGAGCCGGGGAAACAAUUCUAGCGUCCAUUGCCAUCGAAGAACUCGAAGAGAAAUUUGGGAACGACGCCAUGAUUGCAAUAGCAUAUAUCUACUGCAACUUCCAACGCCAGGGUGAGCAGAGCGCAGCCAGCCUCUUAUCGAACAUUUUGAAGCAGAUCGUUCAAACACAAUCUCCUCUACCAAGCGAUGUGGAAGUGAUGUAUGAUCGACACAAGCUCAAAGGGACUAGACCCUCGGUUGAUGAGAUCAGAAAGAUCUUACAGUCCAUAUGCAGCUCAAGACUCCAGAGAACUUUUGUUGUGAUCGAUGCUUUGGAUGAGUGCCAGAUCUCUGAUGGCUCACGAGCAACUCUGACAGAUUGCGUACUGAGCCUUCAGGAAAGCUGCAAUUUGAAUUUACUGGUUACAUCUCGAUUCAGUCCUGACAUCACCGAGAGUUUCAGAUCCUCGCAAAUGCUUGAAAUUCGCGCUUCUCAAGGAGAUAUUACAAGAUACUUGCGUGGAAGUUUGACAAUUCUACCGUCAUUUGUUUUAAGAGACCCAAGUCUCCAGGAGCAAAUAUCAUCUGAGAUUGCCGAAGCUGCGGAUGGAAUGUUUCUUCUUGCACAGCUAUACCUCAAUUCCCUCGUUGGAAAACGCUCUCCUAAAGCUAUCAAAAAUGCGCUGAAAGGUCUUAUUUCAGGCGCCAAUACAUAUGACUCUGCUUACAAUGAUGCCAUGGACAGAAUCAAGGGACAAGUUCCUGAUCAAACUGAAUUGGCUCUGCAAGUACUUUCAUGGGUCACAUGCGCCAAAAGACAACUUACUACUGUUGAGCUUCAAACCGCGCUGGCUGUCGAGAUUGGAGAGCAAGCCUUUGACGAAGAUAACAUUCCCGACAUAAUCGACAUGGUUUCUGUUUGUGCUGGACUGGUAACGGUCGAUGAACAAAGUAACAUCAUUCGUCUGGUUCACUAUACAGCACAAGAAUAUUUCGAAAGACACCAAGCUACAUUGUUCCCAAACGCGCACCAUGAGAUCGGGACUGUCUGCGUGACGUAUCUAACAGUCUUUGGGUACAAAUUUAAUGCGGAUUUCUCGGCUGUCUUUGGAUUCAGCUCUGAAAUGGAAGCUGGGCGGUCUCAGAUGAGGGCGGCCUUAUACACGCAAAUUGAUCAUGACCCAUUCUGUGGAUAUGCAGCAGUCUUCUGGGGCCAUCAUAUGCGAGAGCAGACACCAAAUGCGAUGGAUUCAGCUACCGAACUGUUGAUUCUGAGUCUUCUUGACGAUCAUUCGAAACUGAACACAUUGCUGUGUAUCAUGUUUGCCAGGGACACUGAGUUCCUAGGAAAGAACCAGGAGCUCUAUUUCCACUGUCGCGAUGAUAUAUCGGAUAUCAGUGAGAGCAUGCCUUCACCGCUUCACGUUGUGACAUGGUUUGGAUUGACCAAUUUGGUCCAGGUCUUGCUCAACCGGGGCUGUGAGAUUGAUCAUAUGGAUUGUUUCUUGCAAACUGCAUUAUCGCGGGCAGUCAGCAAGGGUCUUGACGAUAUAGUUCACUCGCUGUUUGCUCACAGUCAAUCUAACAUCGAAGACAGCGUUUAUUUCCACAAUGGGUUACUACUGUCUAUGGCAGCUCGAUACAAUCAUGCCACAAUAGCGGAUUUCAUCAUCAGCUGUGGCUGCGACAUUGACAGCUGUGGUUUCGAUCAACUUACGGCGCUUCACAAUGCAUGCAUUUCAGGAUCUGAGGCUACAGCUCAGCUGCUGAUGAGUCAAGGGGCCAAUGUACAGCUCAAAGAUCGCCGGAGUCGAUCACCUCUUUUGUGUGCGACAACUUCCGGCUCUAUCUCUAUUGUCAUGGCCUUGCUUGAUGCUGGUGCUGCUGUAGAUGGCACAGACGAUGACGGAACUACUGCGCUAUGGCAUGCAAUGUGGUUGGGAUAUACUGAAAUCGGGCAAUUGCUUCAGAGCAAGGGGUCUGAUCCCAAUGUUGCAGACACCUCAGGAGUCACCCCGUUGAUACUCGCAUCGAAAUAUGGCCGAUGUGAAAUCAUUAGUAUGCUGCUGGGCUGGGGGGUCGAUACGGAAUGCACAGAUGUAUGCGGCUACACCGCAUUACUGUCUGCAGCAUCUUCCGGUCACUCCGAUGCUAUCUGGCUUCUCCAAGAGGCUGGUGCCGAUCUUCACUUUGUUGAUGUCUCGGGGCGAGAUGCCUUGUUCAUUGCGGUAUCAAAAGGACAUGAAAUCCUCACAGCACAGCUUUUGCCUCAAUUUGAUGUCAACAAAACCGAUCGAUAUGGCCGGACAACUCUUCAUGCUGCAGCCAUACUUGGCUAUCUGGGGCUAUGUCGCACACUGCUGUCCACAGAAAGGAUCGACUAUAAUGCUCGAGACAACUUUGGCCGCACCGCGUUGUAUGAUGCUACCAUGCAGGGUCACCAUGGGAUUGUGGAGCUUUUGCAAGAACAUUCGGCAGUGUCAAAUGGUCCUCCUGGUCGAGCGAAAUAUAUGAGUGGAGCUGGGGUGGCGUAUAGGGCUUGUGAUGCCUGCCUAGUUGAUAUUGGUCGACCAGAGGCUUUUCAUCAUUGCUUCAUAUGCCAUGGUGGAGAUUUUGAUCUUUGUGAUCUAUGUCAUCAGAUCGGAGUACGUUGUUUGAAUGGCGUUCACCAAAUGACCAUGCAUACAGGCCGAAGCAGGUAG